AUGGCAGCCCUCCAACCAUCUACUGGGGGGCAAGUUCCACAUUCUCCAAUCUUUCUUCGGAAGUCAUUGGCUGAUCUAUUCUCGGAUAAAUCUUCCACACCGUCACUUUCUGUCCAGGCCACUCCAUCCAUGCACAAGGGUGAACCUGCUAUUUUGUUCUCACAAGAUGCCUUAGACAAAUUGGCGGCUCCUUAUAGAUUUGCGCUAGUGGUCAAGUUCUCCAGGGGGCGGCCAAAACUGGAGGACAUUAGAACUUUUCUUCUCAAGCUGGAUUUGUGUAAGGCAGUCACGGUUGGGCUGCUCGACCCACGACAUGUGUUGUUACGUUUUCAUAAUGAAGCUGAUUUUCAUAGAUGUUGGUCUCAGGGGAUCUGGUAUGUCCAUGGAUCCCCUAUGCGAGUCUUCAAAUGGUCAUCUGCCUUCCAUGUUGAUCGAGAACCGUCAGUAGUUCCGAUGUGGUUUCAACUGCCUAAACUUCCAUUACAUUUGUUCCACAAGGAGGCACUGUAUCAAGUUGUGGGAGUGCUCGGCAUUCCAUUGGUAAUCGAUGCAGCGACUGUGGCCAUUUCUAGACCAAGCGUUGCAAGGGUCUGUGUUGAAGUUGACUUAUUGAAGCCGCGGCUUUCGAGAAUCUGGAUUGGAAAUGGUGCGCACGAAGCCUUUUGGCAGGAGCUUGUACCAGAGAACAUCCCUAGAUACUGCUCUCAUUGCUAUCGCCAGGGACACAUGGUGGAUGAAUGCCAUGUACUGAAUCCGUCAUUGCGGACAAAGAAGACAGGAGGAGAGAUGCAAGAACCUGGGCAUCCUCCUCGAGUGGGUUUUGGCUCCAAACAGUGGGUUGAGGUUCAAGACAAGGAGGUGGCGUAA